AUGUUACCCGUAUAUAAAAACAUCAUCAAGGAACUUCGUGUGAUAGCGGCAAGAAGCCACAAGGUUCACGAGAAGUCCAAUCUCGCCAAGAACAAAGCUAUGCUUGAAUAUAAGAAGAUUCAACUCAUCAAGCAGAACCGGUCCAUCGCAGAGGUGGAUGCUCAGUUGAAGAACUUGCAAGUUGAUUUGAAACCAUCGGCAAAGUUUGAAGAAGCGUUUAAGCAGCUUUUCGCUGAGUUCAGUGCAGAAAAUCCAAACCCAACUCGGAUUCAACAGCAGCAUUUUAAGAAUGUCAGUGAUUUCCUCUACGGACAAAGGACGUACCAGGAGUUGAUUGAGCGGUACAACCUGGGACUCGGGAUGGACCAGUCAGAAACAGUGGAGAAGUCAGCCAACCGGGUCGGGUUCACUGUACCUCAGUAG